UUUCUUUCUUCCACCUUGACUCCCCACUCUCGCUCGGCCCACCACCAUUGACACAGCACAGAGAUCAUGAAGAGAUCCCCUCCUCCUCCUCCUCCUCAGCCAUCUCCUUCUUCUUCGCCGGCAUGCUCGCUGUCGCCGUCGCCGUCGUCUCCUUCCUCCUCCGACUCGUCCUCGAUCGCCAUUCCCCGCAAGCGGGCGCGGACGCAGAAGGCCGGGAGCGCCAAGGCCAAGGCAGCGCCCAAGCGGGCCAAGAAAGACGCGAGCAGGAGCAGCAAGGAGUCUGACGCCUCCGCCAAUGGCGCCGCCGCGGCAGGGAAGAGGAGCUCCAUCUACAGAGGGGUCACAAGGCACAGGUGGACGGGCAGAUUCGAGGCACACCUCUGGGACAAGAACUGCUUCACUUCCAUCCAGAACAAGAAGAAAGGGAGGCAAGUCUAUCUGGGGGCUUAUGAUACAGAGGAGGCAGCUGCUCGUGCGUACGAUCUUGCAGCUCUCAAAUAUUGGGGCCCUGAAACCACACUGAAUUUCACUGUGGAUGAGUACGCGAAAGAGAGGUCGGAGAUGGAGGGGGUGUCACGGGAGGAGUACCUCGCCGCCCUCCGCCGCCGGAGCAGCGGCUUCUCAAGGGGGGUCUCCAAGUACAGGGGCGUCGCCAGGCACCACCACAAUGGGCGGUGGGAGGCGCGAAUUGGGCGGGUGCUGGGGAACAAGUACCUAUACCUGGGAACCUUUGAUACCCAAGAGGAAGCAGCCAGGGCCUAUGAUCUUGCGGCCAUCGAAUACCGAGGCGCCAACGCCGUAACCAACUUCGACAUUAGCCGCUACCUGGACCAGCCACAGUUACUGACACAACUGGAGCAGGGGCCACAGGUGGUGCCAGCAUUGCAAGAGGAGCUUCAACAUGAUCACCAAAGUGACAAUGCAGUCCAAGAGCUCAACUCAGGUGAAGCGCAGAAACCAGGUAGCGUCAACGAGCCCAUUGCAGUGGAUGACACAGACAACACCGGAGACAUGGGUCCCCCCCUUGUGUUUGACAGCGGCGUCGAGGAGAACCUGUGGAGCCCUUGCUAUGAAUUGGAGAACUUCUUUGGGCCCAACAACAGCAACUCGAUGAAUCUGAGCGAGUACUUCAACGUAAACGAUGCCACCUUUGAGAGCAACAUCGGGUACCUGUUCGAAGGAUGUCCCGACAUCGACGACUGCAGCACCAGGCAUGGCACAGGCCUGGCGGCGCUCGGUUUUCUCAAGGAAGGUGACGAUAAUAUGAAGGAUGUUCCAGACAUGAAUGCAGAAUUAACUCCUCAAGCAAACGAUGUCUCCUGCCCUCCAAAAAUGAUCACUGUGUGUAAUUGAGUAUCUCUGUGCUCUCAUGUCCAAGGAAGGUUUCAGGUUUUCAUGUUGGGUAUACUUCUUAGCUAGCUCCUUGUAGGCUGUCUGUCUGUCUGAUCAGGUCGGAAAUUCAUGUGUUCAUCCCCAUCCUUUGAGAAAAACCCAAAGGCAUUCUACUUGGUAUGGUAUGAGUGCCAAUGUUCCUUUUUCUUCUCCUUAAAAGUUACCCAGAAGGCUAAUAUACUAACCUCAACGAGAUGUGCUCACUUAA